AUGGCCGACGCUUUAGUUACUGUUGCUGCCGAGGCGAUCCUGAAAAAGGUAGCAUCCAUAGCUGCCAAUGAAAUCGCCCUUGCUUGGGGUUACAAAGAGAAGUUGUACACACUUGAAGGGACCUUGAAAAUGAUUCGUGCCAAGUUACAGGAUGCCGAGAACCAGAAAGGUCAAAAACAUGGUGUGAUGGAGUGGCUGAAACAGCUAAAAGAUGUUGUUGGUGAAGCUGAUGAUGUGGUGGACGAGGUUCACUAUGAAAUGUUGAGGCGUGAGGUAAAGAAUCGAGAUCGGGUGGCAAUAAAGGUACCCUCUCUCCCAAACUUGAAAAAGCUUUUCUUUCGUAGUGAAAUGGGUCAUAAAAUCAAAAACAUUAACGAAAAGUUGUCUCAAAUCAAUAAGGAUGCUAAUGAGUUGGGACUACAAAAUGAACAGCGUGGCCCUGUUGUUCAAUAUCGACCCUACCCGGAGACAGAUCCAAAUUUAGGCGAAUUCAAAAUUGUUGGGAGGGAGGAUGAUGAAGAGCGCAUCAUACACCUUUUAACCGAGGCAAGAAAAGAAGAAAAACUUACGAUUGUUCCUAUUGUGGGAAUGGGCGGGAUAGGGAAGACCACUCUGGCUAAGUCCGUCUUCAAUAAUCCAAAAAUCCAACAACAUUUUGAUGUGAAAGCUUGGUUGUGUGUGUCGAUUAAGGUUGACAUGAACACACUUCUGGCAAAGAUCUAUGAAUCUAUUGCAGGAGAGAAACCUAAGUCGGAAACAAUGGUCAAUUUAGUUCGAGAUCUUGAAAACAAGUUGGGAGCAAAAAGAUACUUUCUAGUCCUGGAUGAUGUUUGGAACGAAGAGAGAUUAUAUUGGGAAGAUUUUAGGAGAGUUAUGAUAAAUGUGAAGUCACAAAUUGGAAGUGGCGUUCUUGUCACUACCAGGAAACUUGACAUCGGAACUAAGGCUAUGUCAAUGGAUGCAUGUUCUUUAAAAGGUCUUUCUAAUGAUAAUUGUUGGAAUAUCUUUAAAGAGAGGGCCUUUUUAGCAGGACAAUCACCACAACCUGAAUUGGAGGAGAUAGGGCGUGAUAUUGCCAAAAAGUGUUGUGGUUUGCCUUUGCUAUUAAAUGUAAUAGGAGGUAUGUUGAAAAAUUACAGUGACCCUGAGAAGUGGUUGGCCAUCAAAAAUAGCGAAGUUUGGGAUCUAGAAGAUGAAAGGGAGAGAGUUCAAAAAAGUUUGGAACUGAGCUUUGAUAAUCUUCCCAACUCUAUGGCUAAGCAAUGCUGUUGA